GUCUACAUCAUCCGAGUCACGUGGUCCAGUGGCACCACAGAGGCCAUCUACCGGCGCUAUAGCAAGUUCUUUGACCUCCAGAUGCAGAUGUUGGACAAGUUCCCCAUGGAAGGAGGACAGAAGGAUCCCAAGCAGAGGAUCAUUCCGUUUCUACCAGGCAAAAUCCUCUUCCGCCGCAGCCACAUCCGGGACGUGGCUGUCAAACGCCUGAUACCAAUUGAUGAGUACUGUAAGGCCCUGAUCCAGCUGCCUCCCUACAUCUCUCAGUGUGAUGAGGUGCUGCAGUUUUUUGAAACAAGACCUGAAGACCUGAAUCCUCCCAAAGAGGAGCAUAUUGGGAAGAAGAAGUCGGGGAGUGACCUGACCUCGGUGGACCCCAUGGUCUUGGAGCAGUAUGUGGUGGUGGCAGACUAUCAGAAGCAGGAGAGCUCGGAGAUCAGCCUCAGUGUGGGCCAAGUGGUGGACAUCAUUGAGAAGAAUGAGUCAGGUUGGUGGUUUGUCAGCACUGCUGAAGAGCAAGGCUGGGUCCCUGCGACCUGCCUCGAGGGCCAGGAUGGUGUGCAAGAUGAGUUUUCCCUCCAACCUGAGGAAGAGGAGAAGUAUACAGUCAUCUAUCCAUACACAGCUCGUGACCAGGACGAAAUGAACCUAGAGCGAGGGGCUGUGGUGGAGGUCAUCCAGAAGAACCUGGAAGGCUGGUGGAAGAUCAGGUUCCAGGGCAAAGAGGGCUGGGCCCCUGCUUCCUACCUAAAGAAAAGCAGUGGGGAGCCCUUGCCCCCAAAGCUGGGCCCCAGCUCAUCUGCCCAUUCAGGGGCCCUUGACCUGGAUGGUGUUUCUCGGCAUCAGAAUGCUCUGGGCAGGGAGAAGGAGCUGCUCAACAACCAGAGGGAUGGCCGGUUUGAAGGUCGUCUGGUGCCAGAUGGUGAUGUUAAACAGAGAUCACCAAAGAUGAGGCAGAGACCCCCUCCUCGCCGGGACAUGACCAUUCCUCGAGGCCUCAACCUGCCGAAGCCUCCCAUCCCACCCCAGGUGGAAGAAGAGUAUUACACCAUUGCAGAGUUCCAGACCACCAUCCCAGAUGGCAUCAGCUUCCAGGCCGGCCUGAAGGUCGAGGUGAUUGAGAAGAGCUUAAGUGGUUGGUGGUACAUUCAGAUGGAAGAUAAGGAGGGAUGGGCCCCAGCAACCUUCAUUGACAAGUACAAGAAGACCAGCAGUGCCUCAAGGCCCAACUUCCUGGCUCCCCUGCCCCAUGAGAUGACUCAGCUUCGGCUUGGGGAUGCACCUGCAAUGGAGAACAAUCUGGGUCCAGAAGCAACAGGGCCGUCCAGACCCUUGCCUGAGGCACCACAUGGUGCUAUGGACUCUGGGGUGCUGUGGUCCAAAGACUGGAAAGGGGGAAAGGCAUCUUCAGACCUGUCUGCAUCAGCAGGCUAUGAGGAGAUCUCAGACCCUACACAGGAGGAGAAGCCCAGCCUCCCUCCACGCAAAGAGUCCAUCAUCAAGUCCGAAGAGGAGCUGCUGGAGAGGGAGAGACAGAAGAUGGAGCCGCUCAGGGGCUCCUCCCCCAAGCCUCCUGGCAUGAUUUUGCCAAUGAUUCCAGCCAAGCAUGCCCCACCGGCCCGAGACAGUAGGAAGCCAGAGCCCAAACCUGACAAAAGCAAGUUGUUCCUGCUGAAAAACGACAUGGGGCUAGAGUGUGGUCACAAGGUGCUGGCCAAGGAAGUGAAGAAGCCCAACCUCCGUCCCAUCUCCAGGUCCAAAGCCGAGCUGCCCGAAGAGAAGGUGGAAGCCACUGCCCAGAAUCCGUUCUUGAAGUCUAGACCUCAGGUUAGGCCCAAACCAACUCCUUCCCCCAAGACAGAGCCAGCUCAGAGUGAAAAUCAAGUGGACAUACAUAACCUCAGGAGCAAACUCAGACCUGCCAAGUCCCAGGAAAAAGCCUUAUUGGAUGGCGAGAGCCACCAUGCUGCUGGAGGCCAUGACACAGCCCUCACCCGAAGCUUCCUUCCAGUGGAGGGACCUGGCCGUAGUCAGGACAGGUCUGGCAGACAGGAUGGCCUGAGUCCAAAGGAGUCACCCUGCAGAGCCCCUCCCAGGCCAGCCAAGACCACAGACCCUGGGCCCAAGAAUUUGCCUAUGCCUGUCCAAGAAGCCACCCAACAAAGACCUGUGGUCCCACCCCGGAGACCCCCACCCCCCAAGAAAACCUCAUCACCGUUGUCAUGCAGGCCCCUCCCAGAGGUCAGAGGGCAACAGCGUGAAUCCAAUGAAAGCAGGGCUGUUCCUGCUCCAGGCCGGGCCCUCCUUGUCCCUCCGAAAGCCAAACCCUUCCUCUCCAACUCUUCAGUGGGUCAAGAUGACAUUCGAGGCAAAGGUGGGUCUGGGCCACGCAUAGCUGGCAAGGUGGGAGAAAACAGAGAGAAAGCAGCCUCCUUCCUCAAUGCUGAUGGCCCAAAGGACUCACUGUACGUGGCCGUGGCCAACUUCGAAGGAGAUGAAGAUACCAGCAGCUUCCAGGAAGGGACAGUGUUUGAAGUUCGGGAAAAGAGCAGUAGUGGCUGGUGGUUCUGCCAGGUCCUGAGCGGGGCUCCUUCCUGGGAAGGCUGGAUUCCUUCCAACUACCUCCGGAAGAAACCUUAGCUUCCCCACCCUGCCCAGAGACCCCUGCUCUCCCGGCCAGCCUCCCUCACAUAUUUAAUACACAUCUUAAUUUAUCAGUCUCCACAUAGUUUCAAGGAAGGAGGCCAUUGGAUGCUGUGUCUUCCUCCCUUCCUGGGUGAGGAAUGCUUGGUGCAGGGAUGUCCUGUUGCCUGGGGUCUGAUUCUCCUAUUGUGGCAUCCCCAGAAGGCUCAAUAGCCACAGCCUUUGCUAGGUGGAAAUCAUAUCAGCAUCCCUCUAUAGUAGCAUCUAUUCUCCUAGUCAAUGGUAUUGUCACCCAGGAACAGGACAGUGACACUCUCAGACCGCCAGAACUGAGACCUGUCACCUGGAAAGCUUCCAGACUGCACCUCAGUGCUCAGAUGUGUCAUAGAGGGACAGCUCGCACAGCUUGUGACAACUCGAUCUAACUUCUCCAUGUUUAUAGAAUCCCCGUAGUGGCUUUGUUCACUGUUCCCAGAAUGCCUGGAAGAACUGUGUCCUCAAGGAAUCAGCUUCCGGGCUUUCUGUUUCUUAGUCCUGACCAGAUGCAGCUGCCCUGAAGAGGUCCUGGAGAGUCACUUGGUCAUCCUGCCUCCUGUCUGUCUGCCUUGGACCAUGAUCAGUCCUCAAGGAGCAUGCUUCACUUCACUGUUGCUGCCUCUGGUCCAUCCAGGGCUUUCAAAUUACAAUUCCUCCCCAGUCCCUAAAACAAGAGUUCCCAAGUUUGUUUAAAUAAGGACCCUUCACAAGGCGCUUGGCCUAUGGAUGCUUCUUUGCCCAGUAGGUGCCAAACUGACCUUGGCCUUUUGCCUUCAUACCCAAACCUUCAGCCAGCCCCCACUAUUCUAAAAUACCCAUUUUCUAGAUGAGGAAGUUUGGGCUCUAUAGGCUCCAGGACACACUAGCUAGGAAGAGAAGGGAGGAAGUUCGAGUCCAAGCCUGCCUGAUUCCAGUAUCCAUAUUCUUCUCCCAGAAAGGAACAAGCCAGUGGGGGAAGAGAUAGGGGUUUACUGGGUAUCAGGGCAGGUGGCCUGGGGGCUUCCUUGUGGUAUGAACAAGGGAACAGUAGUGAGUGACUGCCCUAGACUUGUAGCUGCUUCUCCAGGGCAGGGCAUACCCUGGAUCCUUAGUAGCUGGCACAGAGCUUGUAGGUUGGUUCCCCGUGUACAGAAGGGGAAUACUGAAAGCUGAGGCAGUAUCCCUUGGUGGUUUGAAAGGGGGCUCUCUCUUGUAGCUAAGGACCAACAGAUGGGUCGGUGACAAACUAAGCAGAGCAAUGGUAGCCAAGACCCUGCAGUAGCCAAGACUUUUGCCCCCCAGCAGGUGUGGCUUCCUGUAAAGCAGUUUACUUUUUUAGCAUGAUCUCUCCUUAGAAGCCCAGGGCAGCCCUUCCCUAUUUUGACUAAUAGACUUAACUGAGACCUCAGGAGGUCUGCUUAGCUAUUGCAGGGCUAAAAUCAGGACUCAGAUUUCUAGCCCCUAGCCCAGAGCAACUUGUACCUAUGAACAGGUUUCCUGGAAAAGAGGGGUGGGGUUGAGAGGACAGAAUCCCAUCCCAAAGACCCUGUCUUUGCUCUAUGCCCACCCCAGAAAUCGCCCCCCCCCGUCCCUCACAUACAAACACACACACUCCUUUUUUUUUUAACCUGUGCUUUGGGAACCACAAAGACCCUUUUCCAAGAUGUUUGCAUCUUACCUGCAGUGCCAAAGAUUUUGUGCAAGCAGAUCUCUUCUGCACACCCACCCUUUCCCAGCCCCUGCUCUGUGUUCCCCUGGCUCUGGUUGCUUUCCUCUAACCCAUGGUGGUACCACAACUCUCUUCCUCUGCUCAGCCCCACCCCCGGAGUACUGGGCCAGGGUAUGAGAUACCUCCUGAGGGACAUUCCUGCUUAGUCUGUACCCAAUGCCUCAGGAGAAAGCAGUAGUUAGAGAGAGGGAAGGCUGAGAGAGUCUUAGCAUUUCUUCAAGGCUACACACACUCCCACUGUGCAGGAAACUUCAUAGUUUUUGUCUCCUUUUGAGUUUUGACACCUUCACUUGAAUAGCUUUCAUGAAGCUGUUUUACAGGUCUUUGAAGAAGCAAAGGGUUUUUGGGGUUUUGUUUUGUUUUGUUUUUCUUAUUUGCAUUUGGCUCUCUGUAAACUUUCCAGUAGUUUGCAAGUCCCCACUUUGCAACAGGUACUAGAAUUUGCCUUUUGCCCUCUCCUUGUGCUAAUGUGAAGUGUAGGUGUGCAAGGUGCAUUCUUGUUCACUGUCCUUUUCUUGGGUCACACACACAGCCUGAAGAUUCUGUGGCAAGCUCCAUCAGCCAUAGUGGUCAUCAUUGCUCUGGUCAACUGAAGUGAGUAAAUCCUCGGAGCCAUCGACUCACCCAGCUUCCUGUGCCUGGGGCUUAGCUUUUCAACAUCCAGGGCUGUGACCAGUCCUCUGGGAUGGAGCCUAUGCCAGAUUCCCCUCCAUCCCUGCCUUGGAAAACUUCCAAGACCAUGGAAGCAAUGUCUAGGCCAAUCACAAGUCAGAUCACCAACACAAACCUGCCACCACCCCCUUAACUAGUCUUCACGUCAUCCCCGUGAGAUGACAAAGAUCAGCCCCAAUAUGUAAUGAAUGAGAAAGUUAAGUCAAAGUUAAGAGCAUGGUGGCACAUCCAGACUUGUCCAGAUACUGGUCACCAGCAGAAAAAUAUGUAGAGUCCUUGCAGACAGUCUGGUGACCCAGUUUCUGAAUUUAGGUGUUGCCUCCACAACCACCUGCCAAACAUUGGUCAUGGGCCACAUGGCCCUGCUCUCUGGCUACAUUGUUUCAGCCUGAGAGCAAGUGUAGUGCCCUGACCUCUGGAGACCUGGACUUGAAAACGGCCACUUGGUAAAAUGAGACUUUGCUUAUAUUUUCUGGCCAGAGUCACUCUUGUCCAUUCAUGGCCCCAGAUGGAGGCCAGGGGAGGUUUGAGCUCCAGCUACUUCAUAUCCUGCCAGGAAAUGGCUAGAGCCAUGCCAGGCAUUCAGUCUUUUUUAACCUCUGCUACCAGGCUUCUCCAUAGAGUAGAUUUCUAUGGCACAGUUCUUGACAUUAUACUGUUUUGAACCCACUAGGGACUCGGGUAGUGGGUGGAAAGCAGGGGGCAUGUGUGCCUUGGUAAAGGAUAGGUGCCAGAUUUCCCCAAGACUUAAGAACAGUCCAGUGUUUAUCACCAAAUAUGUGUUCUGAAUGGGAGAAAGAAACCACCUCUACCCUCUCAAAGCUGCCAACUAGAGGUGCAGUGCAGCAGGAAAGCGCUGGCCAGCAUUCAUGGGGCUCCUGCUCCAUCCCAGCAUCACAUAAACAAGACCAUUAAUGGCUUAGCUCCUGUCCUUCCAUUGAGCUCUUCAGUGCUGACAUAGUCUGCACCUUGGGAAGCCUUGCCAUUUCUUUGAAUAGUGUGACAAUUCUAUUCGGCCCUUUCACUGGCUGUCUAAACUGUCCUUCAGGGUUUUUUCUGUAUACUACAGACAGCCAUAUCCUACCACAGACCAAAGAUUCCCUGAAGUCAGAGGGGUGUGGGCUGAAUGGGUAGGAAAUGAAUUUGCAUUAAGGACUGAGGCCUUGCCUUUGCUUGGAAGAAUAGCUCGUAACUUGCUAGGGUUCCAGCAGCUGGACUGACCUGACCCCAAGCAGAGCUACAGAGUCAAGACAAUGGUUCAUACUCCUCACCUGCUCAUGGACCUCCUUCUGAACAAACUUCCCACAGGCCAGGCCUUCCUGCUCCGGGGAGUGAUGCCUGGUCUCCGGUGCUAUCUAGUUGAGGUACCAAGCCCCUCAUAUGUGAGUGUUCCAUCUUCCUUCUCGUCUCCAUCUUAUCCACAGUAAGCUAAUCAGAACGAGGGCUUUCAUCCUUCAAAAGACCAGACCUGGUGCCAUCGCCAAUGGCCUUCACUCUCAUUUCUAUGCUUUUAAGAGCAAAGGUGCCCCACCAGGCUUACUACAGCAAUAAGCAAUUCUAAUGCAAUGGAGGUAUCCAUAUUAUGCCUGCAAUGCCUUUGUGCCCUGUAAUUAUUAGUAGCGCCUCUCUUACUGGGGGAAUGUGAUAAACCACGGUCACCUUAGCCAUACACGGCUCCUGUUUCGGGACCAUUGAGGAGCUAGUUGCUUCUGGCAUCCCUCUAGGAACAGUGGGCUCUGAGCAGCAUGGCCCAUUGUGUGUGUCUGCCCACAGAUGGUUCUGGGGACCCCUGGGUUCUCAGCCCUUCUCACACCCUCUAGGCUGACUGACAGAUCCUGGGGUUGGCUUUUGUUUCCCAUGAGUGUUUAAUGUAAGGGGGCAGGGGGUGAACACCUAGCUAUAGCAUGUAGAGACUGUAUACCAUUAGACUUUUCUUUUUUACAAUAAAAAAAAAUGCUUGACUGGUUUCAA